AUGGGCUGUGGAUCAUCCAGCCUGAAAGGCGAUGAUGUGAAUGUGAAUGCGGCGCCGACACCGGCACCAAAAAGGGUCAAUACCAACUUCGCCAGUGUCGAUUAUAGUCAGGAAGGGAAUCAGGGCCGAAGGAUGACGGAGUACGCACCACAUGAAACCGCAAAAUCGAAGAAAAGCCAUGACGCAUCGGGUUCCGGACGCCCGAGCGAAGCCACUGAUGGAAGGGCUGGGAUCUCUCACCUAAACGACGACGGAGCACUUGGGCCCAGCGGGCAGGGUAUGGAUGCUGCUAAAUCCAGUUAUCCCCAUGAAGACAUAGGAAGCGUUGGUCCAAGGGGAGCAGCGCCGGACCAAGUAGAAUUGAAACCGUAUAUGACUAACGACGGUUGGGAUAACGAUGACAAAACCGCGACUAGCAGCAAUCAACAGCAGGCAUCGCAAGUCAAUGGCACACACGACUCCGAUCCGACAUCGGUGGGGGCGAAGCGACAUUUUGCGCAUGAAAACGACCCCGCCAGUGUUGAGAACCAAGAGACGAGGAAGCAAAAGGCGAAGAACUCACAGUCUCUCGACCCGAGCUCCUCGGUCGCUACGUCAGAAGAUGGCGAGGAGCGCAAAAAAUCUUGGCUCGGCGAGAAGUAUAGCAAGUACCAUGCUGCGAAGACGGGCAAGGAUGUGGUUCUCUCAGAUGAAGAGCUGAAGAAGUACACAGGCAAGGACCGCAAAGAGCUCAACGAGUGGGCAGAGGGCAGAAAGGGCGUGGGCGAAAACCAGGUCGUCGGACGGGUCGAUGGACAUUAUUGGGGAGGAGCUGCCGGAGGAGCGUCCGGGUGA